AUGAUCGAACGGAACGAUAUUUCCAUUGCUUCAUUUACACCACCUGCCAGAUAUUCACACUCAUCAAUAUUAAUAAAUUCUAAAUUAUAUAUUUUGGGAGGAAAGAAUUCUUCAAUAGAAAAUAAUGAAUUGAUAUUAAAUGAUAUAUUUUAUCUUGAUUUAUCAUCAUCAUUCGACACUGAUAAUCCAACUUGGGAAAGCAUUAAAAGCAUUGAAAAUAUUUCAUCAUCAUUGAAAUCUUUUUGGUGCGCGGAAAGAUUUCAAUUUAUCGAUGAUGGAAAUGGAAAAUUAUACAUUUUUGGUUCAAAUAUUAAUGCACCAAAAGCUAGAUAUGACGCAGCAACUGUAUUACUGAAUGAUGGAAAAAUAUUAUUUAUUGGUGGAAGGGAAUUUAAUGCAGGUGGUGACAAAGUAAUUUCAAGAUCUGGUCACACUGCUGUUUUAGGAUCAAAUGGUCUAGUUGUAAUAUUUGGUGGAACAAUGAGUUCUUUCGCACUCACACCUAAUUCUCCAUUGGUUUUAUUAAACACUUCUACCACACCAUUUAUUUAUUCUGUAUCACAUAAUCCUAUUCCUUCUGGUGCAACAGUAACUCAUCAUACAUCUACUAUUUAUCAAAAUUAUAUGUUGGUGAUUUUUGAUCUUAAUACUUUUAAUUGGUCAACUUAUGUAAAUAUCCAAUCAAAUUCCGAAACUCGAACUAGAAGAUUUAUUAUUUCUGUCAGCAUUAUUGGUGCAAUAAUAACUAUAGGAUUUUCUUUAAUAGGUUUAAUAUAUUAUAAAAAACAAAAGAAGAAAAAUGCUAAAAUUAUGUUGAAAUAUGAGGAAAAAAUUGAUAAUAAUGAUAAUAGUGACAAUUGUAGUAAUUAUAGUAAUUAUAGUAUUCAUAAAUAUAAUAGUGCUCAAUAUGGUAAAAAAGUUUAUAGUAUACACGAAUCAAGCUUUAUUAAUUUAGAUAAUGGAAGUGAAUAUGGAGAUGACGAAAGUAGAUAUUCAAUACCAAUUGCAAAAAUUGUUGUUA